AUGGACGCCCCCGCCGCGCGUUCCGCCGUCAGCUCUAGCUCGGCUAAGAAGGGGCCUCCAGCCGCUAAGAAGACCCGCAACCGCAAGAAAAAAGGUCGUGGUGCGGUUCCUGCACCUCCAGUGGCUGCUGCUUCAGUGGCGACUCCGUCGUCGAGUCCAGAGGCUCUGGAGGAGGCCGAGUCUGGCUCCUUCCGGAGCGCGGAAGGCUCCACCUCGACGGCACGUCGCUCCUUCUCACCACUCAGCGGUAGCAGCAGCCAGAGAUACAGCAGUGAAGAGGAAGAGGAGGAGAAUUAUGAAGAGGACGAGUAUUCGUCUGAGAGCGAGGAGGAAGGUGAGAGCAGCUACAAACCCGGAGGUUACCACCGUGUAUUGGUCGGCGAGAUGUACAACUCAAGAUUUGAGGUGCUGGAAAAGCUUGGCUGGGGGCAUUUCUCCACUGUGUGGAAGUGCCUGGACCGACAGACGGGGGCUAUGGUGGCCAUGAAGGUGCAGAAGAGCGCGCGUCAUUACACAGAGGCAGCCAAGGACGAGAUUGAGCUGCUAGAGUGCACUGUACAUGCAGCACGGACAGAGUAUGAGUCAGUGGAGCAACAGGAAGCCAUUAAGGUGAUUCGUCUCGUGGACUCGUUCGAACACAAGGGACCCAACGGCGUGCACGUGUGUAUGGUGUUCGAGAUGAUGGGGGACAAUCUAUUGACGCUCAUCAAAUACUACAACUACAGAGGAGUGCCCAUGCAACUUGUGCAGCGCCUUACCAGGGACAUGAUGGAAGGACUUGCCUUUCUGCACGACAAAUGUCAGAUUAUUCACACCGAUUUGAAACCGGAGAACGUAUUGCUCUCACAUCACAUCCCGCAGCUCCCGAAGAUCCGCAAGGCACAGUGGGAAGCAUUCCGCACGAUGCGUCAAAAGGCUCGAAAUGGGGGCACUACUAUUGCCCCAACGUGUGGUGCCGAUGGAACUCCAAUGUCGAAAGAGGAGAAGAAGCGAUUGAAGAAUCGGCUCAAAAAGAAGCGACAAAAGCAGAAAAAACAAGGUGGAGCAGUGGACCGAGAGGCUUCGGUGGAUGAUAUGGUUGCAAAUGGCAAGAUGGACAGCACUGCUCGCCCCACACUCACCAGCAAUUCUGUGAACAAGCUGAGCAACAAUUUAUCGCAACUUUCGAUUUCCAGUAGUACCGAGAAUGAAUCAGCUGACGACGCUUUCGUGUCAAAUUUCACGGGACAAGGAGCCAAUACUGACACUUGUAUGUCGUCGGAUUCAACGCGGACAUGGUAUUAUCAAGUCGGUCAGCUCGGUGAUGAAGAAGACAAAGAUUGGAUACAUUUGCCUCCGGAGUUUGCUGCGAGAGUGAUGCUGCUUCUUCCUGAGGGGCGUGUGGCUGGCUCUAAGCGGAAAGAGCGUGAGUUCACUUUGAGUGUAUCAACUAACUCGGCAGUUGGAACGGAAGACGAAGUUGUGGAGACUUCAUUUGUUCUGAGGUACCUGGACCACGUGGAUGACGAUGUGAUCAGCUCUAUCGAAGAGAAAAUGCUAAAGCUACGUGAAGACAGUUCUCCGCGAAAAAGCACGUCAACCAAGGCGAAGUACCGACUCUGGAGACUGGAAUUCGACGCCAGAUAUACACAUGCCGUGCUAGACUAUUUGGAACGUCGUGUUGAUGGCCUCCGCUUCUUGAACGUAGCGACUUCUUCUGGUAUCGCACUGCCUGGAUUCUUCCUUCCGAAGCCUCCCAGCAACGAAGAUAUUAAGAGUGCAGCGAAGAAAAUGGAGAAUUCUAAGAACGACGACGCUCUAGUAGACGUCGUGAUACAGGGAAUCAAUCUCUUGCCUCUGGCUGCAUCGGAAGACACGAAGAGCUUGGAAGUGAACCCACUACAAUUACGUCUUGGCCGCUGGGCUAGGCGCUUCAACAAACUCGCCAACAGCGAAAUGUUUAACCUCAUGAAGCUCGACGCCAAGAUCUGUGACCUGGGCAACGCUUGCUGGACUACGAAACACUUCACGAACGAUAUCCAGACUCGCCAGUACCGGUGUCCUGAGGUUAUCCUGGGUAAACGCUACGACACGUCGGCAGAUAUUUGGUCCAUGGCUUGUUUCGUCUUUGAGUUGCUGACUGGAGACCUGCUGUUUGACCCCAAGAGUGGACGCAACUUCAAUCGCGACGAGGAUCAUCUGGCUCAGAUGAUUGAGCUGCUUGGCCGCAUGCCCAAGUCGUUUACAGGAUCCCAGCGAGGCUUACGAGAAUUCUUCAACCGCAAGGGCGACUUGAAGCGUAUCCGUAACCUCAAGUUCUGGAGCUUGCAGCAAGUGCUGAUCGAAAAGUAUCACUUCUCUCGUCAUGACGCGGAAUCUCUUGCAUCGUUCAUGGGUCCGAUGCUGCGGUACGACCCUUCGAAGCGCGCUACAGCCGAAGAAUGCCUGGCGCAUCCGUGGCUCGCCCAUGUGGAUGAUAUAGAGGAACUCACGGACGACAAGAAGGAUGGGGAAUAG